AUGGGUAGUCUUCAACCUUGGGAACAGAUUGUCUCAAGGAAACGUGCUAUUCGCGACCAGGCUUUGAAACCACACAUUGUCUCUGAUAUUGGUAACCGGCCACCUCGGAUUCAUUCAGUUCAAGAUCGGUCUUGCAUCAAAGAUGACCCAUUAGUCCAAGAAAUAACAAACAUCCACAGCAUCCCCGGCCUAGUAGAGCAGCUCCAAAGAGGGCAUUUUUCUGCCGAGCAAGUUACACGGGCGUACAUAAAGAGGGCUACAGUAGCUCAUCAGCUUACAAACUGUAUUACCGAGGUAUUAUUUGAAGAUGCCUUGAUACAAGCCCAAGAACUAGAUAAGGAGUUCAACGAGACUGGCCAGGUGAAGGGUCCGCUCCACGGUGUGCCAGUUACAGUCAAGGAUCAAUUCAACGUCAGAGGCUAUGAUUCCACCAUUGGCUAUGUUGGCCGGUCGUUUUCUCCUGCUGAAGAGAAUGCAGUUUUAGUUCAGAUGUUACGGAAAAUGGGAGCUGUUAUUCUGGCUAAAACCAACCUACCACAAAGCAUUAUGUGGGCUGAAACGGAGAAUCCUCUUUGGGGCCUAACUGUCAACCCUCGAAACCCUGAUCUCACACCGGGUGGUUCCACAGGAGGUGAAGCAACCCUACUUGCAUUGCACGGGUCUAUCCUAGGGCUUGGGACAGACAUCGGUGGCAGUGUUCGAAUCCCGCAAAGCAUCAUGGGCUCGUAUGGGUUCAAACCUAGCAGUGGCAGACUCCCAUACCGUGGAGUUCCAGUAUCAACGGAAGGACAAGAACAUGUCCCUUCGUCCGUGGGCCCUAUGGCGCGUGAUCUUAAAUCUCUAUGCUACAUAAGUCGCCUCGUAGCUGAUUCCCGGCCGUGGGAGCUAGAUCCAAGAUGCCCACCGCUUCCAUGGAAUGAGAACGUCUUCAAAGAUGUACAGUCUCGACCAUUGGUAAUAGGCCUUAUCCUCGACGACGGCGUGGUCAGAGUGCACCCUCCCAUCGAACGAGCAAUUCGAGAACUUACGGCCAAACUCGAAGCAAAGGGUCACGAGCUCGUCACCUGGGACACAUCUGACCAUCUAAAGUGUAUAAACCUCAUGGAUCGUUACUAUACAGUCGAUGGAGGGGAGGAUGUGCGCCGCGAUAUUGCUUCCGCCGGAGAGCCCCUUAUCCCACAUGUUGAAGCUCUCGUGAACAAAGGAAAGUCAAUAUCUGUCUACGAGUACUGGCAACUCAACCGUGAGAGAAUGGACUUGCAGAAGAACUAUCUCGACAAAUGGAAUACAGCUCAAUCGCCGUCUGGAAAACCCGUUGACGUCCUACUUAGCCCGACGUUGCCCCAUGCCGCCGUACCUCACAGGAGCGUGCGUUGGGUCGGUUAUACUAAGAUCUGGAAUCUCCUGGACUACCCGGCUGUCACCUUCCCUGUAGACGAAGUGAGGGCUGAGAAAGAUGACGUUCAAUCGAACUACCAACCGAGAAAUGAACUUGAUAAGUGGAACUGGGAUAUUUUCGAUGCGAAAGUCAUGGAUGGGCAUCCAGUCAACGUGCAAGUGAUCGGGAGGAAGCUGGACGAGGAGAGGGUAUUGGGUGCCGCUACAGUGAUUGAGCAGAUUUGGCGUAGCUAA